AUGUUAAUAUCCUUAAUUUUUAAGAAUCAACAGUCGUUUAUAAUAACUAAAAACGGUGUAUUAAAAGUAGCUUCAUUUAAAAGACAAUUUUCAAAUAGUUCUUCGUCUUGGUUUAAUCAAAAUAAUUACAAAAAUUCAUCAUCUUCAUCAUCAUCAUCAUCAUCAUCAUCUUCAAAUUCAUCUUCAAAUUCUAUAUCACCUCCUAUUGCUACUACUUCCGCUUCUUUAAAUUAUGAUAGUAUAUUAACUAAAUAUCAAAAUUAUCAAAUUGCUGUGGCUUAUCAACCUAAAAAUAGAAAUCAAUCAUCAAAUUUAUUUAAAAAAUCAAAUACUACCAAGUCAGAAUUAUCACCUUCUGGUGAAGAUAAUUUAUUUGUAAGUAAAGAAAUAGAUGGGUCUAUAGCUAUAGGUGUUGCUGAUGGUGUUGGUGGUUGGUCAGAAGCAGGUUACGAUUCUAGUGCAAUAUCAAGAGAAUUAUGUAAUUCAAUGAAGACCAAUUUUGAAAAUAAACUAGAGUUAAAUUCCCCUAAAAAUUUGCUUCAAUUAGCUUUUGAUAAUGUAACAUCCAGUGAUAAAGUUGAAAUUGGUGGUACUACUGCUUGUUUAGGUAUAUUAACUCCAGAUCUAAAUUUAAGAGUUGCAAAUCUUGGUGAUUCAUGGUGUGGGUUAUUUAGAGAUUAUAAAUUAAUUAAAGAAACAAAUUUUCAAACUCAUAAUUUUAAUACACCUUAUCAAUUGGCAAAAAUUCCCAAAUCAAUUAUUAAAAAAGCCGAAUUACAAGGUAGAAGAUAUAUAAUUGAUUCACCAAAUCAAGCUGAUGAAUAUUUAUGGAAAUUGCAGAAAAAUGAUAUUAUAAUGUUUGCAACUGAUGGCGUUACAGAUAAUGUGAUUCCAAAAGAUAUAGAAAUUUUUUUAAAAGAUAAUGAAAACAAUGAUAGAUUAGAUAUUAUAGCUGAGCAAUUUGUGAAAGAAGUUGUUAAAGUAAGUAAAGAUUCAAAUUUUCCAAGUGCUUUUGCUCAGGAAUUAUCAAGAUUAACUGGUCAAAAAUAUUUAGGUGGUAAAGAAGAUGACAUUACAAUUGUAUUAAUAAAAGUUGUAUAG